AGUUGGAUAUUGAAUAUGAGUGCAAAUUUGUGGGGUUUAGAGCUUUCUCACAACAAUUUCACAAGUUUUGAAGAAUCCUUUCUUGUUUUUCCUUCUACUAGUCUUUUUUAUCUAGACCUUAGUUUUAACUUUCUCAAAGGUUCUUUACCAAUCCCACCGCUCUCCAUCCUUUUCUACUUAGUUUCCGGGAAUAUGUUCAGUGGAGAAAUUCCACAUCAAUUCUGCAACAUGACUUCUCUUCAAGUGCUCGAUUUGUCUCACAAUAAUUUGAGCGGAAUGAUGCUGCAAUGUUUUGGCAACCUUAGCUCCAUGUUGGUUUUAAACUUGGAAGGAAACAACCUCCAUGGUCCUAUUCCUGAAACAUGGGAAACUGGAAACAAACUCAAAGAAAUUAAAAUGGGACAGAAUAAUUUGCAUGGGAGGUUACCAAGAUCACUAGGCAACUGCAAAAUGUUGGAGUUUCUUGAUUUUGGAAAAAACAAGAUCAAAGAUACUUUCCCUUCCUGGUUGGGAGCUCUUCUUGAAUUGAGGAUUCUUAUUUUGCGUUCAAAUAGGUUCUAUGGCACAAUUUCAAUCAGAGUACCAGAGACAAAUUUCUUGUUUCCUAAGCUCCGCAUCAUUGACCUCUCAAACAACGGAUUUGUUGGCACUUUGCCAAUAGACUUCUUUGCAAGAUGGAAUGCCAUGGCUAAUCUUGAUGGGGAGAACGCAACAUAUUUGCAAGCAUAUAAGCGCCAUUUCGUGUACAACCUUCUCAUCGUUCCUUUUGUAUUUCCUUACUCAAUGACAAUAACAACCAAAGGACAGAAAAGGGAAUAUCCAAAGAUCUUGGAGGUUUUUAGUGCCAUGGAUCUUUCUUGCAACAAAUUUGAUGGAGAGAUUCCAGAAGUAGUUGGGAACUUAAAGCGACUUCAAUCGCUCAAUCUUUCCAAUAACAUCCUUGUUGGUCCAAUCCCAACAACCUUGGGAUAUCUUGCAAAUCUUGAAGCACUUGACCUUUCUCAGAACAAGUUGACAGGAAGAAUUCCUACACAGCUGACGUGGCUCAAUUUUCUUGAAGUCUUCAAUGUGUCUCACAACCAUUUGACAGGUCCUAUCCCGAAAGGCCAACAGUUUGAUACAUUUGAAAACAGCUCUUUCGAUGGAAAUUCAAGACUGUGCGGAAUGCCACUGUCAAGAAAAUGUGAUUACUAUAACUCCGAGAAUUUGCCUCCACCAUCCUCAACCUCCAAAGGAAAUGAAGACUCUGGAUUGUUAGCUAAAUUUGAUUGGAAAUUAGUGUUGCUAGGUUAUGGAUGUGGAUUCCUCAUUGGUGUUGUCAUUGGAAACAUUGUUUUUACAAGAAAAUGCGAAUGGUUUAUGAAGACAUUCCGAAUCUGGUAGCCAAGAUGCAAAGGGAAGGGUGUGAAAGAUUGAAUAAGAGGAAGCAGUGAAUAUGAUAUCUAUCCCCUAUGCUAUCACUUCAUUGUUUAUUUUUUUUUCUCCUACUUUUCUCUGUUGUGAUUACUAGUCAAGUUUAGUGCAAGUCCAAUGUAAAGUAUAGAGUGGAAUUUUAGUCUUCAUGAAUAAGUACUUAUGGUGCUACUUCAGUAGCUGAUAUGGAAUAUUAAUAAAUUCCUUUUAGUAAA